CACUGUUCGACCGGAACUCCCUGUUCUGAACAGGAAGACUUCAUAGAGGCUGCUCAGUCUCUUGUGAUAAAACGGUCUCUUAGAGAACCUUCUAGGCCGUGUGCAUUCUGGGAUUUCUGCCGGCAUCAGGGUAACGUGAAAGCUUUCAAAAUGAUGCCCACACCAGUUAUCCUGCUGAAGGAGGGGACAGACACGUCGCAGGGGGUCCCCCAGCUGGUCAGCAACAUCAAUGCCUGCCAGGUGAUCGCCGAGGCCGUCCGCACCACCCUGGGCCCCCGCGGGAUGGACAAGCUCAUAGUGGAUAACCGAGGAAAAGCCACCAUCUCCAAUGACGGAGCCACUAUCUUGAAGCUCCUGGACAUCGUUCAUCCCGCGGCCAAAACGCUGGUGGACAUCGCCAAGUCCCAGGAUGCUGAGGUGGGCGACGGCACGACCUCUGUGACCCUGCUGGCCGCCGAGUUCCUCAAGCAGGUGAAGCAGUACGCGGAGGAGGGGCUCCACCCUCAGACCAUCAUCCGCGCCUUCCGCACCGCGACCCAGCUGGCCGUGAAGAAGAUCAAAGAAAUCGCUGUGACUGUGAAGAAGGACGAUAAGCAGGAACAGAGGAUGCUGCUGGAGAAGUGCGCCGCCACGGCGCUCAACUCCAAGCUGAUCGCCGGCCAGAAGGAGUUCUUCUCCAUGAUGGUGGUGGAUGCCGUCAUGAUGCUGGACGAGCUGCUGCCCCUCAAGAUGAUCGGGGUGAAGAAGGUGCAGGGAGGAGCCCUGGAGGACUCCCAGCUGGUGGCCGGAGUGGCCUUCAAGAAGACCUUCUCCUACGCCGGCUUCGAGAUGCAGCCCAAGAAGUACGAGAACCCCAAGAUCGCCCUCCUCAACAUCGAGCUGGAGCUGAAAGCGGAGAAGGACAACGCAGAAGUCCGGGUCAAGUCCGUGGAGGAGUACCAGGCCAUCGUGGACGCCGAGUGGAACAUCCUCUACGACAAGCUGGAGAAGAUCCACAGUUCCGGGGCCAAGGUGGUGCUGUCCAAGCUGCCCAUCGGCGACGUGGCCACGCAGUACUUCGCCGACCGCGACCUGUUCUGCGCCGGGAGAGUCCAGGAGGAGGACCUGAAGAGGACCAUGAUGGCCUGCGGGGGCUCCAUCCAAACCAGCGUGGGUUCAAUGACCGACGACGUCCUUGGGCAGUGCGCACUCUUCGAGGAGGUCCAGGUUGGGGGAGAGAGGUACAACUUCUUCAAGGGCUGCCCGAAGGCCAAGACGUGCACCAUCAUCCUGCGGGGCGGGGCCGAGCAGUUCAUGGAGGAGACGGAGCGCUCGCUGCACGACGCCAUCAUGAUCGUGCGCCGCGCCAUCAAGAAUGACUCCAUCGUGGCAGGGGGCGGAGCCAUCGAGAUGGAGCUGUCCAAGUACCUGCGGGAUUACUCCAGGACCAUCCCGGGGAAACAGCAGCUGCUGAUUGGUGCAUACGCCAAGGCCCUGGAGAUCAUCCCCCGACAGCUGUGUGAUAACGCCGGCUUCGACGCCACCAACAUCCUCAACAAGCUGAGAGCCAAACACGCGCAGGGCGGCACGUGGUACGGGGUGGACGUGAACAACGAGGACAUCGCCGACAACUUCUCGGCGUGCGUGUGGGAGCCGGCCGUGGUGCGCAUCAACGCCCUGACCGCCGCGUCCGAGGCCGCCUGCCUCAUCCUGUCGGUCGACGAGACCAUCAAGAACCCGCGCUCCUCCAUGGAAGGCCCGCCCGCCGGGCGCGGCAGGGGGCGGGGCCGGCCGCACGCCCACUAGACCGGUCCCUCACCCCUCACCCCUCACCCCUCACCCCCCCACCCAGUUCGUAGGGCAGCGUCCAGCUCAGGCCUGUGUUAGUGACAGACUGCAGAAUCCCUGCGUCUGUCCCGGUCUCCGCUCGUAACCCGUUUCUGGUUAGCUUCACCUUAUAAGUGUUUAAUGCCCCCACGCCCGUGUGAUUGGCUCUCUUCCAUGUCCCAACCCCCGGCUGCCUCGGCGCACCAAGGGCGCCCCCUGCUGGAGCUGCCCGAACACAAAGCACUGUGCUCUGUAAUGGCUCCGGUGUCCAGCGGUCCAGUACGGGCUGUUUAGUUCCACUCGUUUACCUUGUCUUUCACUCUAUGGAGCUAUUUAUUGGACCAUUAAACAGAUGUUUCUUGA